CAAAAAAAGUAUUCUACUGUCGACGCCGCCGCUUUUGGACGCGCGUCUAUUUCUGUUUUUAUUUUAAAUAUAAAGUGUAUUUACGCGUUGAAAAUAUAUAUAAAGUGUUUAAAUUAUACAAAUUGUGGAUAUUAAAGUGUUUAACAAGAAUAUUCUUGUUAACAAAUUGAACAACAUUGCUGGAAAUUGACAAAAGAAUUUUGUAAGAAAUUAUGGAUCGAAGGCUAAGAAGGCCACGAAAAACGGAGGAUUUGCCUGCAGCAGCUCCUCCAACAUCUGCCAGUCUUUUGCCAAUAUCUUCGAAGCGUGCCGGCUCUAUAACCACCCGUACACGUGCUUCACCCUCUGGCAUAGUCAAGGUCGCUCCACCAGUGGAUCAGGAUUUACGGCCGCGUACCCGUCGCUCCAGUCGUGGACCACCCACAGUGGCUGCAGCAGCCCCACCACCCCUAAUCAAGGCCAGUGUAAAGGUUCCCACACCCAUACGAGAGGUGCCAGAGGUUCCUUCACCGGUGCGUCAAUCUACUAGCAAUUUACCCAUGACCCUGACCACAAAUACAUCGAGUCGGGCGCCAAAUAAAUCUCUAAUAACCAAUUCGGUUAAUAGUAACAGUUUUAGCACCACCACCACGACCACAACUAGCCAACAUAUAUUGAUACAACACGAGGGCGACACUGGUGGUGCGGAAGUGGAUACGGAAUCCAUACGUAAACGUCUGACAGAACGUUUACGUCGCUCUGUAUCCAAGACUAUCUCAAAUCUAACCAAUACCGAAGGCAGUCGCUAUAGUCGCAGUGUCUCACGUUCGGUCUAUGGCGAGGAAGAUGAUGGCAAAUCAUCGAAACGUAGUUACUCCACAGGAAUUGAAGAGGACUCGCUGGAUGAGGAGGACGAUGUACAGGAGGAUAAUUUCAAGAGUUUUCAACGCGGUCAAACAGCAAGUCCUCAACUUAAUGUGGAUUGCCGUAAGCUACAGACACCAAGAGAAUUUGGUGGUUGGCUGGGUGCAGUUUUCCUUCUCCUCUUUGUGCCCAGUUGGGUGUACUAUCUAACCUGGAGUUGCACGUCACGCAAUAGUUGUCAAUUUAAGCGUGUGAAUCUCACCGCUCUCGUGGAUUGGUCAUAUCUGGGACGUCAAGUGUUCCAAAAUCAUGUCAUUGGCGUUUAUGUGGCCUAUCAAGUUGUGGUAUUUCUGCUGGUGGCCCUUCUGCCUGGACGUCGUGUGCAUUUAACCCGAGAAACAUAUACAUUUAAUGCACUGGGCGUGGCAGUGACCCUCUUACUUGCUGGCGGAUUGGCGGAAUAUCUAAAAUAUCCUGUCGUGAAUUUCGUACUACGCCAUUAUUUGAGAUUCUGCAUCUAUGGACUGAUUAGUGCCUUUGUGGCUGCUCUAUGGAGCUAUUGGCGUGUGGAUACCACUAAAUAUAAUGUCCUGCGUCAGACAUUGACCAACGAUUAUGGACGAAGUGGUGAAUUUAUGAUAGAUUUCGCCUUGGGCCGUCAAUUGAAUCCCAAAUGGUUGGGUCGUGUCGAUUGGAAGCAAUACUAUUAUCGCCUCUCAAUGGUAACCACUCUGAUAUAUGCCUCUUGCUAUAUCUAUCAGAUUUUACAAUGGCCCAAAUGGCCAGUUGCGGAGAAUGCCGAGGAAGAGCAAGUUGGAGGUUUCUUGUAUUUGGUCAACUAUUUCUAUCAGAAUGUAAACUAUGAUAAGGGCUCUUUGUUAUGUGCCAGUUGCCUAUUGGCCUAUAUCUUGGAUGCCAUAAUCUUUGAGCAUCAUUUGAGUUCAUCCUUUGAGCUGCAACAUGAGGGUUACGGUUGUCUCUUACUUCUCCGCUAUGCCUCCACCCCAUAUCUCCUAUCCGGAGUAACUAAAUAUUUCUAUGAGCAACGUGUACCCAUUACCUGUUGGUAUGCACCCAUUGGAGUGGUUCUCCUCCUUCUGGUGGGUCUCUUUGUGAAACGUUUUAGCUGUGCAUACAAGUACAAAUAUCGCCUAAACUCACAGAGUCCCAUAUUUGCCAAUAUCGAGACUAUACACACCUAUCAGGGCAGUCGGUUGCUCUUGAGUGGCCUGUGGGGACAUUUGCGUCAACCCAAUUAUCUGGGUGACAUCAUUGCUCUUGUGGCUCUGGGUACUCCCAUGGUCAUGCGCCCCGCUUGGCCUCCAUUGUUGGGUUUGGCUUUGCUCGUUCUGGUUCUCUUGCAUCGUGCCACCCGGGCUAAUGUUAGGAAUCAGGAGCGUUAUCACUCUUCAUGGCAUCGCUAUUGCUCGCAAGUGCGUUACUAUAUUCUACCCAAGAUCUUUUAAAAUCAAACAAAGGACUUUUGUGUGUAUGUCCAUUUUUUUUUUCGUCUGAUUUUUUAUUUUAUUUUUAGUUAUUUUGCCCACCGAUUUUUAGGACGUUAGCCCGCAUUUUUUCGAAUUUGUAUAUAUUAUAUAUUCAUGAAAUCCUCAAAAAAAACCAAAAAACAAAAAAAACUCCCAUCUCCAAUUCACCCAAUUGAUUAGUACAAAAUUAUUUUUCAUCCCCCCUCCCCGCACCCAAAAAAAGGGAAAGUUCAUUUAUAUUUUUUAUUUGUGUACACUUAGCUAAAGAAAAGAAAAAAACAAAAAGGACAAACUAUGAUUACAUUUAUUUGAUUUAAGUAAAAUUACAUUUAGUCUAUAACUUUAUAUUUUAUGCCUAAAUCUAUCUAAAGCAAAUUUAAACAAAACAAAAAAAACCUUAAAUAACCUAGGAUCUAUGUAAAUAGCAGUAAUAUUAUCAUAUUUACAUUUUAUAUUAAUAAAUCUUAUAUAACUUAUAAACUUUAGUUUCUAAAGUUUAA